GAAGCAGAAAAGAGAAAUUUACGAACAGGUGAAAUACAUAAGAAUCGUGAAAGAUUAACUAAUAAAUUUCUUCUUAAAAAUUUGUAAAAAAAAAUUAUAAUAUACUCUUCAGAAAUUUAGUCUUUUAAUUAUAAUCUAUUCUAAUAAUUGGAUUGUUUACACAUAUUCGUACGAGACUUUUAUUAUACCUAAUGCGUGAAGAUACUUCACACCUGGAAACCAAUUUUAAUAUCAUACCCAAUUGAAAAACGGAAAUUGUCUGUAUAACAAUGCCAGAGUAUUUGCAUGAGAACAGAAUAUAUUUACUGAUUUUUAAACAAUAUCAUUUGUUCUAAAGGCCAAAAGCUCACAUUAGCUGUAACACCUAUAUGUACCAAAAAUUGGGUCUAUAUAAAGCGUUUCGAAUGGAAAGUAGUUAAGGGCCAUUACCUGCAAAUUUUGUUUAACGAAAUCGAUCAACAAAAGGCGAGCAAAAUAAAGAAUGGCUUCUGCCGCUGAUCUCAAGGAAAAGGAAAAUGGCACUGAAAAUAAAUACAUUAAACAUGUGAAUAUAUCUGAUGAAUUGGAAUAUCAGCAUAAAUUAAUAAACGAUGCUUCUAAUGUAACCAAUCAACAUUCAGGAAAUGGAUUUUCACUUACAGAAAAUAAAUGCAAAACAAAAACUCAUCAACUUAAUGGAACAACCUCAUAUACACAUACCACUUCAAGCAAAGGCACAUCCACUGGCACAUUCAUGAAAUUGAAAACAUACUUACAUGCAUUGCGUCCAUGGUCAUUAUCUGGCAGUUUGGUACCAACAUUGAUGGGGUCUGCGCUGGCUUACCGUUCUCAAUGGGCCGCUGAUUUUAGUCUUAUAACAUUUUUUUUAACUGCCUUCACAGUAGUUACAGUGCAUUGCGCCGGCAAUGUAGUGAAUACUUACUUCGAUUUCGUUAAGGGUAUUGACAAACAGAAAGCCGACGACCGAACUCUCGUUGACCACAUUCUCACAAAGGAUGAAGUAGUUUCCCUGGGAGCCAUUUUAUACAUGGCUGGUUGCGGUGGAUUCAUUUGUUUAUCCUUUCUUAGUCCAGCGAAAAUGGAGCACCUAGCAUUAAUUUAUUUUGGCGGCUUAUCAUCUAGCUUUCUUUACACUGGUGGAAUCGGUUUCAAAUACAUCGCUCUCGGAGAUGUUGUUAUAUUAAUACUUUUCGGACCACUUUCAGUAUUGUUCGCAUAUAUGUCACAAACAGGUCAUGUGGAUUGGACCGCUAUUUAUUAUGCUCUUCCUUUGGCACUCAAUGCGGAGGCAAUAUUACACAGUAAUAACACGCGAGAUGUUGAAAAUGAUCGUAAAGCUGGAAUCGUAACGUUAGCAAUACUUAUUGGACGUACAGCAUCGCACGUCCUAUAUGCUUUGCUUCUCUUCACACCCUACAGUGUAUUUGUUGUAUAUGGCCUGAAAUACUCGCUUUGGUUUUUAUUGCCGCUCGUGACAGUACCACAGGCAUUUCAGAUCGAGAAACGUUUUCGUAACGAACAUACCAUGAGUGCUGUUCCGCGACAAACAGCUAAAUUAAAUUUCUUUUUCGGUAUACUCUAUGUGGUAGCAAUAUGUUGUGCUAGACAAUUACCCGAUUUCAGUUAUCGCAAACAUUAGUGUGUUCAAAUUGUUUAUAAGUAGUAGCGAAAAAUUGUAUUAAUUUACAAGUCAAAUUGAAGUUUAUUAAAUAAAAUAAAUUUAAUGACUACAUUUAGAUGCAGAAUAUGCAAGACUUCCACAAAAUAAUUUAUAUGAAACCAUAGAGGAGCUAAAACAAAUACUACAAUGAAAACUGACUGUACAAUAAAUUUUUGUAAUAAUUAGAAGCAAAUAUUAUUAACUUUCUAUAAAAAUGAGAACAUGAAAGUACACCUUUCACAAAUAGAA